AGUUCAUUAGCGGGCCGUGUGCAAAACGUAAUGGGAAGAUUUAUGCGACCGGCUUUUCAUUGCAGCCUCAUUGCUGACUGUAGGUAAGGAUCUGCUUAGAAUUAACUACCACCCAUCUCAAGCAAACAACAUGCCCAAGUGUCCAGCUUGUCAGAAGGAAGUUUACUUUGCUGAGCGCAAGACGUCUCUGGGCAAAGACUGGCACAGUGGCUGCCUAAGAUGUGCAGAAUGCAAGAAGGUGCUGACCCCGGGAUCACACGCCGAGCACGAAGGGAAGCCAUACUGUAACAAGCCUUGUUAUUCAGCUCUAUUUGGUCCUAAAGGGUUCGGACACGGAGGAACAGAGAGUCAUACAUUCCGCAAGUAAUCAAAGUAAAACCACUCGGACUAGCACUAGAUCUGCAUGUAUAAAAUAUAGAGACGUCUAACCUGUUUAUAGCAAGGAGCUCCCUAGAGUCUUUCAGUGUACAAGAGGACGGGGUUCAGCUGAACAGAGCUCACUGGAAAAGUGUCAUGAUUAAAGUCAGCUCUUUCACGUCCUCGAAUACAAUUUUUAGUUGCUUCAUAUCUACGUACUGCAGCGGGUAGGUGAUCCGCCAUGGACUUGUGCGUAUAUUAUUGGCAAGGAAAACAAUCUGUUCAUUUACAUUCCAUGGUUACGGAUGCGUUAUAAUAAACUGUGCAAGUGUGUAUGCAAUAUUCCUUUACCUCUUUCUUCGUAUGCAAUAGCUUGUGUAGACGGCGCUUAAAGACGUACAAUUUACAAACGUCGAUAUUCCAUCAGACAUGCAAUUUCCUUGGGGUUUUUGAAGGCGAUUGUUUACCUUUAAAGAAUACCGACAUAUGGAAUGAUGGUAUUUUUUUGCAUUAACUCCCUUUUGAUUACCCAGUAGCUUCAUUCCUUGUACCUUGUGGGAUCAAAAGGAAAUAAAAACCAUUCGAGUUUGUAACACCCAGUUUUUUAUUUGCACAUAUAAACAUGAACAUCGAAUCACAAAGAGCAGUUCAAUAUAAUUUUACAUUUCCUGCACAAUGUACUUUACUAGAAUAUAAAUAAACAUUGAAAGCGCCAAGUGUAUAUUGGGGUAGUUGAGAAAUUAUUAUUGAGUUCAUAAUUUAUCAGUCACUUUGUAGCUUAGAAUUCAGUUCGGGUGCGUCAGCUUUAUUUGAACGCUUUGGAACUAGAGGUUUUGCUAGUAUUAAAGGUAUUUUUCAAUGAGGACAACAAAUUACCAAACUCGAAAUGCUAAUAGCCACUCUAUGACGACAAAGUUUUUAAGAAACGAUGAUUGCAUGUACUGCAGCUUAAUAUUGUCUUCCCUUUCUUUCAUAAAAAAGACAACAAUAGAAACGCC